AUGCUGGGCUCAUUCUCCAGAAUAGCUUCCCUUUUGGGUGGUUUAUCUUUAAAUAUUGCACUUGGAAUGGUAUACUCAAUGAGUAAUUCAUCCAUCUAUGUUGCAUCUUAUAUGAGAUGGGUGGCAGAACCAGGGUCAAAGCCAGUAACUUUGGCAGACAUUUCUUGGGUAUAUACUUUAAAUAUAUUCUUUCUUGGUAUUAUGUUACCUGUAGGAGGUUAUAUUAAUAAGAAACUUGGUGUUCAUAAGUCAUUAUAUUUGGCAUCUAUUUUAUUCUCAAUCUGUACAUUUGCACCUUACUGGUUUGUUUCGUCAUAUUAUUGGUUUUUGAUUAUUUUUGGAUGUAUUAUUGGAAUUGCAGAUGGUAUUGCUUUUAAUCUUCCCCAAUAUUGUGCUUAUAAGCACUAUCCAAAUAACAUUGGUCUUGCUUCAAGUGUAGUAAUUUCUGGGUUGGCAUUGAGUCCAAUAUUAUUUUCUCCAUUGCAAACUUGGAUAGUGAAUCCUGAAAAUAAAAUGCCAAACUUUAAAGUGGGAAAUGCAUUAUAUUUUUCUGAUAAGGAGAUUCUAAUGAGGGUGCCCAAAAUGUUCAUAGCAAUGGGUUUAUUUGUCGCAUCAUUGUGCAUAAUAUCCAUAUUCACAAUGCAAGAACCUAAAGAGGAAUCUAAUCUUGUAUUACCUUCAGACGAAAAGAGUAGGAUUUUGAACUUUGAAAACUCUACGUCAAACACAGAUAGAGAACCGUUACAUAAUGAUUCUGAAAAAGAUGUACCAGCUCGAGUAUUAAAUCUAGGAUCGAGUUAUCUGGGAGAAUUUUACAAUAAUUUUGAACAGGGAAAAAAAUACGAUGAUUUGUAUCAUCCUAAUGCUAAUUUAGAGUCAGUUUCAACUACUAUUAGUCCAACAGAAGAACUAUGUUCUUUUGAAUUUGAUUUGGACUAUGUUAAAUUAGAAAUGGAACUAGAUUUGGAGAAAAAUGAAAAAGGAAAGGAAGACAACACUAGUGAAGGAAGUGAGGAAAAAGAAAAGAUCCUUAAUAAUGAAUGUAAUCAAAACUUAAAACUUAAAGGGAGUUUUAUUUCAAGUGAAAAUAAUGAAUUGGACAUAUUAUCUAGACUAUUAAAGGAAAGACAGUUUUGGUUGGUUUUUUGGCUUCUUUUCUUAUUUUCACAAUAUGUCCAUUUCAUUGCUUCAUGGUGGAAGAAUAUUGGAAUAAUAUACUUGGAUAUUUCUGAUGAAGUACUUGCAACUAUAGGUACACUAAUUACCUCCGGAAACAAUGUUUUUGGAAGAUUUUUUUUUGGAUCUUGGAUAGAUAGGCUCGGAGGCAGAAUUUGCUUCAUAUUUAUCUCUUUAUCUUGUCUCAUAUCUGUUGCAGUAUUUCAACUUUCACUGAUAUUAAACUCACAAUUGUUUUAUUUAAUUUGCAUUGGGCUCAUUUUCUUUAAUAUGGGGGCAGGUUUUGUAUUAUUUCCUCCAAUUGUGGCAAUUAAUUUUGGAGUCGAGUAUUAUACUUUGAUAUAUGGAAUAGUUUAUAUUGGAAGAUCUUUGGGAGUAUUGUUUAACUCUCUUUUGACAUGGCUACUAAUUGGUUCAUUUAGUGUUCAUUUUAUCUGUUUUAUAACUGGAAUGUUUACUUUUGCGUUUUUCCUCCUAUCCACCAGAUUUCGCGAUAAUACUCCAUUUUCAGAUCAAACCUUAUACAAGAAGCUAUUUCCUCUCAAAUAA